AUGGGCAAACCACGCAUGAUCCUCCUCAUCCGCCACGCCCAAAGCGAAGGCAACAAGAACCGUGAAGUCCACCAAAUGAUCCCGGACCACCGCGUCAAACUCACCGACGAAGGCCGAUUACAGGCAGAAGACGCCGGCUGCCGCCUCCGCGCCCUGCUGAAACCCGACGACACCCUGCAAAUCUACACAUCCCCCUACCGCCGCACUCGGGAAACGACAGAGGGGAUCCUGAAAACCCUCACCGCGCGCUAUGAUCCCGAUGAUCCCGACGCCGAUGCCUCUUCACCCUCCCCGUUCUCGCGCACGAAGAUAAAGGUCUACGAGGAGCCGCGGAUCCGCGAGCAGGAUUUCGGCAAUUUCCAGCCGAAUGGUGGCGAGAUGGAACGGAUGUGGCGGGAGCGAGCGGACUACGGUCAUUUCUUCUAUCGGAUCCCGAAUGGAGAGAGUGCGGCCGACGCCUACGAUCGCAUCAGUGGGUUCAAUGAGAGUCUCUGGCGGCAGUUCGGGGAGGCGGACUUCCCAUCUGUAUGUGUGCUGGUGACGCAUGGAUUGAUGACCAGGGUGUUCCUGAUGAAAUGGUAUCAUUGGUCUGUGGAGUAUUUCGAGGAUUUGAGGAAUAUUAAUCAUUGUGAGUUUAUUGUGAUGAGGAAGCGGGAGGAGAGUGGGAAGUUUGUGCUGGAGAAUCAGUUGAGGACGUGGAGUGAGCUUAAGCGGCAACGACAGAUUGAGGCGGAGGCGAAGGCGGAGGUGCAGGAGAAGAAGGGUGGGGCUGGGGAGGGCAGGAGUGUGAUUGUGGAUCCGCAGAGGAGGAAUACGUUGACGGCGUUUUUGAGGGAUGCUAGUCCUGUUGUUUCGCCCAAGAGCAGAAGGAAGGGGGAGGAGGGGAUUCCGGAGGUUGAGCUGCCGGCGCGGGCGCAGCAAGUACCAACAUCGACGACGACCCCGGGCUCUAUCAGUUCAGCGCUCGAUGGUUCGGCCGAGUUGCGUGCCGCCGCCAUGCCAGUAGCUAGCGUACCACUACGACAACCUCCCGCAACAACGACAACAACUUCGCAUCCUCAGCCCCCACGAGGGGACGGCACGAACACACCCCAUGAAAUGUCGGACGAGGAAACGGAGAAUUACUUCGCAGACCGAAAAUCUGGGGCGUUGGCCAGGGUGUUGGGGAGGAGGACUCGGCCGCAGAGGAAGGCGACGGAGCAGGAUAUUGAAAGGUGGACGAAGGAGUCGGGGAUGGGGGAGGGGAGGAAGGCGGAUGCUUUGGGGGAUGAACCUGGUGGGGAGGAUGAUGAGGAGGGUCCUCUUGUCGAGGCCCAAGGGGUCAGGGAGGAGGCGGCGGAGGCGGAGGAGAAGAGUGUGGCUGGGAACGUGUACUGA